GGUUGUUUUUUUUUGGUUUUUUUUUUCCCCUGGAAAGGGAAUUUAUUUAUUUAUUUCUUUAUUUCAUUCCCUUCCCCAGGGGGUGAGGAUGGAUGCUGGAUCAGCCGGGUUACUCGUGACCCUCCUCCUCCUCUCUAUCCUGUGGUUUCUAAUCCAGAGUAUUGAUAAAAAGAGAAGCCAGCUGCCUCCAGGACCAGCCCCGUGGCCCAUUCUGGGCAACCUGUGGCAGAAAGAUGUCCUGCCCCUCUACAGGAACUAUGAGAAGCUCAGCAGCAUGUACGGCCCCAUCUUCACUGUCUGGGUGGGGCUGAAGCCCAUGGUGGUGCUCUGUGGGUACGAGGUGGUGAAGGGUGCUCUGCUGGACCACUCCGAGGAGUUUGGGGGCAGACCUAACAUCCCCCUCAUGGCACAGCUGUCAAAGGACUAUGGGAUCAUCUCCAACAAUGAGAAGAAGUGGAGGGAGCUGCGGAGGUUCACGCUCAGCACCCUGCGGGAUUUCGGGAUGGGGAAGAGCUCCAUGUCCCAGAGGGUGCAGCAGGAAGCCCAGCACCUGGUGGAGCUACUGGAAGAACUUGAAGGAAAGGCCUUUGAGCCAAUGAUGAUGUUCAGACACGCGGUUUCCAACGUGAUCUGCUCCGUUGUCUUCGGCAGCCGCUACAGCUACAGUGACAGGGACUUCCUGGAGCUCCUGAGCACCAUUGGGAGCUACAUCAGCUUCUUCCUCUCCCCCAUCGCCAUGGUCUACAACACCUUCCCCUACAUCGUGCACCACCUCCCAGGACCACACAGGAAAGCCCUGGCCAGGUGUGAGAAGCUGAAGGAUUACAUCCGAGGCAGAGUAGAGCAUCACAAGCUGACCCUGGAUCCCAGCUGCCCCCGGGACUACAUCGACUGCUUCCUGCUGAAAGCUGAGAAGGAGAGGAGCAGCCUGGAGAGAAUGUACAGCAGUGAGGACUUGGUCAUGUCAGUGUUCACCCUCUUUGGGGCUGGGACAGUGACCACGAGCAACGCCCUGGUCUUCUUCCUCUUGAUCCUGUCAAAAUAUCCCCAUAUUCAAGCCAAGGUCCAGGAGGAGAUUGAUGUGGUGGUGGGUGACAGGCGUGGUCCCAGCAUGGAGGACAGGCUGAGGAUGCCCUACACCAACGCUGUGAUCCACGAGCUGCAACGCUGCCAGAGGACCCGGAUCGAGAACUUCCCCCGGAUGGCCACCCAGGACAUCGUGUUCAGGGGCCACACCAUCCCCAAGGGCACAGUGGUUAUUCCUGUAUUUUCUUCUGUCCAUACGGACCCAAGUCAGUGGGAGAAGCCCAAAGAAGUCAACCCAAGCCACUUCUUGGAUGAGAAUGGGGAGUUCAAGAAGCACAAAGCCUUCAUGGCUUUCUCCACAGGGAAGAGGAUGUGUCCUGGAGAGGCUCUGGCACGCAUCGAGCUCUUCCUUUUCCUGACCACGCUGCUGCAGAGCUUCACCUUCCAGCUGGCUGAGGAGCACAAGGAGAUGGAUUUCUCCUCCCUCUGGCUGGAGAUAGAGAGGAGAGCCAUUCCUGGGAAGUUCUUUGCUCUUCGGCGCCCCGUGUCCUGCUAAGCAGAGAGCAGUGAGGAGGAGGAGGAGGAGGAAGGGGCCCAGGGACCUUCCCCUGAGGGCAGAGCAAGCCAUGGCACCAGGCAGGCAGGAGGGUCCCUUCAAGCUCCUUCUCAGAGAGCUGCCAGGCAUCCCUGCCACCAACUCCAUGGACAAAGGGGCUCCCAGCUCCACAUCCCAGUAACACAAGGAGGGCAGCACUGAUUUUCUCUGGUUGAACCUCCGGUUCCUACGUGGCUGAGCUGUCUGUAGCUCCCCAGCUCAGCUGGGCACUCCCUCGUUUUGGUACUUCUGAAAUAAAAAUAACCAUCACA